CCAUGGGCUUUAAAUUGAGAUGAAUGAGCCCGGCCUUCUAGUUAUCACAGCGGAUUUGUCACUUACUUUCUCUCACUUCUUUCUGUUGCCUCCUCUCUCAGACGUUCCUUUUUUAUUUAAUUUAUUUAUUUUUUGUACACACUCAACCUGUUUGACGCUUUAAAGAAGAUACUUCACUGUUGAGGGAGGCUGGAGGCUACCACACAGAUUAACGUGUCUGUUUUUUUGGGGGGGUGUUUUAAGUUUCACCUGAUCUCACUCGUGAUCUGUUGGAUUUUCUGGACUGAGUCCUGGCUGCUCUGGCUGCACAGCUGCUUUUCAACUGGAGAGCUGAAGACUUUAAAGGGGUUUUAGCUGAACAGAAGGCAAGACGUCACCAUGCUGCGAGACGCCAUAACAAGUGUUUCAAAGCUCCACGGUUAUCUGAUAAGCAGAACAGAUGCCAGGGUCAAAGAUUACCCUCUGAUGCAAAGUCCCGUGCAAAUGACCAGCAUCCUGGCGGCCUACGUCCUCUUCUCUGUGUACGCCGGACCCCGCAUGAUGGCAAACCGCAAACCUUUCGCCCUGAACCGAGCCAUGAUCGUCUACAACCUCUGCAUGGUUUUAUUGAACGCCUUCAUCGUGUAUGAGUUCUUGAUGUCUGGCUGGGCCACCACCUUCACUUGGAGGUGUGACCUGAUCGACCCGAGCACCAGCCCAGAGGCUCUGAGGAUGGUACGAGUGGCCUGGUUGUUCUAUUUUUCAAAGUUUAUUGAACUUCUCGACACAGUAUUCUUUGUGUUGAGGAAGAAGCAAAGUCAGAUCACAUUUCUCCACGUCUUCCAUCACUCCUUCAUGCCCUGGUCAUGGUGGUGGGGCAUCACCCUCACGCCUGCUGGAGGAAUGGGAUCAUUCCAUGCUUUGGUGAACGCAUCAGUCCAUGUGAUCAUGUACACCUACUACGGCCUCUCGGCUGCAGGGCCUCGUUUUCAGAAGUAUCUGUGGUGGAAGAAGCACAUGACCGCAAUCCAGCUGACGCAGUUUGUUCUGAUCUCCAUCCACAUCAGCCAGUACUACUUCAUGGAGCACUGUAGCUAUCAGAUGCCCAUGUGGAUUCAUUUGAUCUGGAUGUACGGCUUCUUCUUCUUCCUCCUCUUCUCCAACUUUUGGGUGCAGGCCUACAUAAAGGGCAACCGGCUCCCUACCGUAGACCACAGUCCCAAACAGAACGGGUCGACCAGUGAACACAUCACUGUCAUGGCCAAUGGUAAACACCAUGAAAACGGGAAUGCUCACCACUACACCAAUGGUAAAAUCGUCAUGGGCAAAGUGAAGGAAAUCUAAACGUGACUCAGGAAACAAGGAGACACAGACAAUUAGUGUUUUUUGUUUUGCCUUUUUUUAAGUCAUCUUAAAUAUGCCACUUAUUUGUAACUAGUAGCAUAUUUGAGUAAAAAGGUUCARUGUGCUACCUCUGAUUUGAGUUUGUAAAUACAUCUCCUCUUUUAUGACAUAGUCACACUACCGAGAUAUGAUUGGCAUCCAAGUUUUGCCACUGAUCUCCCCGCUUGAAACGCUCUGCAAGUUGUUGCAAAAACUAUUUAACUGUGAUGAACAGGGAACGAUAAUUGGUGCUCAUUUUGUCACUGAUAGUAUUCAUUAACUCAGGCUUGACCUGCAGCACGGUUCGGCUAACGUGGCCUUUGUUGUUUGGGAGUGUGGCAAUAUUUCCACUGGAUACAAGUAUGUGUAAAUAGUCAAUUUACCAUGAAACGUGUGGAACAAGGUGGAAGGAAAAGAAAUGUCAUUGUAAAUGUCAAAUAUUUAGUUUCUUUUUAUUUAUCGAUUUGAAAUGAAACCAAAAUUAGAUGAAGGUCUGUGUCAUUUAGAAAGCAGAUAUGGUGUGCACUGUUUGAGCAACAUGCUAUUUCUGUUUUUCUGUUCUUUUGAAAUAUAGACUAAGAAAAUGUUUCACUGUAUAUUACAGUAUUAAUGCUUUUUUUUGUUUGUUUUUUGUAUUUAAACAAAUUCAGAUAAUUUUGAGACCCUGUAUGGCUUUGUCUAUUGGUACAAUGAGCAUAGUGUCACUGACAUUGAGGAAGGGUCUGAACUUGAUAUAAACUUAUCAAUGUUUGUUGAUGUUUAGAUUAUGUAUUAAUCUUUGACUUCAAAGAAAAUAAAAUAGCUUCCCGAAAGGUGAAACAAGUUACUAUCUCUGGAUUGUUGGUCCAGUUUCAAAGACUCAAAUAAAAAAAUGCACAUUUCCAUUUUUGUUCACUGAAAAACAGACAAAGUCCUGAUGUCUCAUUAUUAAACUUGUAUCCCAAACUA